CCUGUCAUCAAACUACAGAUGCUGUAAUACGCGAGGCGACUGUCAGAAAACAAACGGAAAUGACAGCCAGAUUUGUUCUCCUCUUCCUCGCAGUACUGUCCCUGUACAGCGCUGCAACUGCAAAAGUUGUUCACCCAUGCAAGAAGAAGCCAUGUGCUAAUGGAGGAAAAUGUAUUGAGAAAACACCAACGGAUUUCUACUGCAAAUGUGCUGCAGGGUUCUCAGGUGGCCAUUGUAGAGGAUCUGCAGACAAGUGCUUCAAUAAACCUUGUAGAAAUGGAGCGAUCUGUAAAAAUGACCCAAAUGGAUACACUUGUACAUGUUUGGUUGGAUAUGAGGGACGUAACUGUGGAAAAAAAUGUCGACAGGAGAAACUGGAUAUCCUUCUGAUUGAAGACGUAUCUUCAUCCAUACCCGAAGCACAAUACAUGGCGAUGAAGGACUUAGAAGUCGAACUGAUCUCUUACACUCUCAUAAGACAUAAUAGUAUUAAUGUGGCUUUAAUGACGUAUUCAGGAAAGGCUGAAGUGAACUUUUAUCUGAAUAAGAACAAGAACAAUAAAAGAGGUGCAAUUGCUGCUGUUAAUGCUCAGAAACAAACAGGCGGGUCCACUUUUCUCGCCGAUGCGAUCAGCUUGGCUAUAAGUGAUGUGUUUGUUGAGAAAAACGGCGACCGUCCAGAUGCAGAAAACAUCGUUAUUUUGUUUACGGAUGGCAAUAGUAGCAAAAAGUCAAGCAUAAGGGACCCCAUUGGCGAACUCCUCUCAGAGGCAACAGUUAUUAUCGUUACUCCGUCAUCAGGUGUUCUCGACCUGUCGGAUAUUAGUAACGUGGCGUCAGCUCCCGAUGAAGAAAAUGUUUUGUCUUUGAGCGACCCUUUGGCACUUGAUGAAAUCAAGAAGAGAACCAUCUACAGGAAGUGCAAUGUGAACGUGGCACUCAGGGAAUAGAAUUCGUGGUGAACCCUGACAUCGAAACUUUUUGUAGAAAUAGUUUCAUGAAUAAAACUGUUGCAUAGUAUAUACCUGCUGUA